AUGGAGGAGAGGUAUGAGCCAAUUAAGGAGCUUGGUUCAGGGAAUUUUGGAGUAGCGCGGCUAGUGAGGGAUAAGAAGACAAAGGAGCUUCUUGCUGUUAAAUACAUUGAAAGAGGAAAGAAGAUUGAUGAGAAUGUUCAGAGAGAGAUCAUCAAUCACAGAUCUUUAAGGCAUCCAAAUAUUGUCAGGUUUAAAGAGCUCUUGCUGACUCCAUCACAUCUUGCAAUUGUCAUGGAAUAUGCGGCUGGUGGUGAACUUUUCGCAAGGAUUUGCAGUGCUGGUCGAUUUAGUGAAGAUGAGGCAAGAUUUUUCUUCCAACAGCUGAUAUCUGGUGUCAGUUACUGUCAUUCCAUGGAAAUUUGUCACAGGGAUCUGAAACUUGAAAACACACUUUUGGAUGGUAGCCCAACACCACGCCUUAAAAUAUGUGACUUUGGUUACUCCAAGUCUGCUCUAUUGCACUCACAACCCAAAUCAACAGUUGGGACACCAGCAUAUAUUGCCCCAGAAGUCCUGUCACGAAAGGAAUAUGAUGGAAAGAUUUCAGAUGUUUGGUCAUGUGGUGUAACGCUAUAUGUGAUGUUGGUUGGAGCAUACCCUUUUGAGGAUCCUGAAGAUCCUAGAAAUUUCCGCAAUACCAUUGGUAGAAUAAUGAGUGUUCAGUACUCCAUACCGGACUAUGUACGUGUAUCUGCAGAUUGCAAGCACCUCCUUUCACAUAUUUUUGUUGCCAAUCCUGCAAAGUUUAUUUCAGUGGUGUGCAAUGCACCCUUCACAUAUACUGAUGUCGUCCCAUCCUCCGUAAAGAGGAUUACCAUUCCAGAGAUCAAGCAGCAUCCUUGGUUUCUAAAGAAUUUGCCUAAAGAGCUCAUUGAAAUUGAGAAAACAAACUUCGCUGAUUCAGAACGUGACCAACCAGCUCAAAGCGUCGAGGAGAUUAUGAGUAUCAUACAGGAGGCAAAGAUGCCUGGUGAAGGUGGGAAAUUUGCUGGGCAUGCUGUUGCUGGAACAUCUGAUGACUUUGAUGUUGAUCUGGGUUCUGAGGUUGACGUCAGUGGCGACAUUAUGUCCUCUUUCUAG